AUGCCACAACGUCGAAAAUUUAUUAAUAAAAAAAAGGCAGUAACAUUUCAACUUGUUCAUCGUAGUCAACAUGAUCCCUUGAUUGCUGAUGAUACUGCAGGUGAACAUGUACUUGUUCCACUCGGUGUUGAUCAAAGAAAAGCUGAACAACUUAAAUUUGGUAUUGAAUAUGAUGAUGAUUAUGAUUAUUUACAACAUUUACGUGAUCCAUGUGCACCACCAGAAAAAUAUUCGGUUCAUGUUGAUGAAAAAGAAGUAGAAGAAGAUGAUGAUGAUGACGAAUAUGAAGAUGAAGAUGAAGAAGAAGUUGAAGACGAAGGUGAACACAGUAAUCUAAUGUCACGUUUUAAUCUUCCUUCAACUGUAUUCGAAAGUAGAACAACAAAUGAAAUUGGAAUGUUAAAUCUCGCUGCUCCAGAUUCUGAUCCAAAAAUUCAUUGGGAUCCAGAUGUUAUCGCCGCACUUGAUGAUGAUGAAUUCGACUACGACGCUGAUGAAAAUGCUAUUGAGGAUGAUUUUAUGCUUAAAGCUAAUGGUGUUGAACCACUUGAUGAUGAUGAAUGUGCUGAAUUCGAAGAUGAAAUCAUGCAUGAAAAUUUACCAGCAACAAUUCCACCACUUUUUAUUCCUAAAACAAAUAAACCAAUUCCAUUAGCAUUAAGACGUUUUCUUGAUCAAGGUGAUGAUGACGAAGAUAUGGAAUCAAAUUUUUCUCAUGGUGAUGGUGAUAAUCAAACAUCAAAAACGAAAUAUACAAAUUAUUCAAUGACAUCAUCUGUGAUUAGAAGAAAUCAAGGUUUACAAAAUAUUGAUGAUCAUUUCGACAAAGUUUUUGAUGAAUAUGAUGAUGAAGAAAUUGGUGCAUUAGAUUCACAUCAAAUUAACCAACAAGGUGCUUCAAUUGAAGAUGAUCUCGUUAAACAAACUAUUCAAAAAUUCGAAAAACAACUAAUGCAAACUGAUGAAAAACUUGAAGAAGUUGCCAUUGAAAAAACCAAACGAUUAGCUAAACAUUUAUUGAAUCAACCUGAAGUAAAAACAACAAUAAUUAUUCAAGAUGAUGAAAGACAAGAUGAUAAAUGGGAUUGUGAAACUGUUCUAACAACAUAUUCAAAUAAAUUUAAUCAUCCAAAAUUGAUAACACAAAUUCGAACACAUAAAAUUCGUUUAUCAAACAAAACUGGUUUACCAUUAGCUGACAAGGUUAAAACAGCAACAAAACAAGUAUCAGCAGAAGAAAGCGAUGAUAGCGAUGAUGAUAAUAAUCAACAGUCAACUAUAUUCGCAAGAAAGAAAGAUGAAACAAGUGAAGAACGACGUGCAAGAAAACAUGCUGUUAAAGACAUAAGAAGGGAUCGUCGAAUUAUUAAAAAAGCAACGAAAAUUGCUUUUAAACAAGAAGAACAAAAACAAUUACACGAACAGGCUUUACAUACAACACAAGCACAUUUACAAAGUCUUCGUGUUAAUUAA